AUGUCCGCUGCGAAUUCUUCCAAAAUUUUUAUUGGCAGCAUCCCCAAGGAUGUUACAGAGGAGGAGCUAAAAGCGGAGGCCUCCAAAUAUGGCACGAUCACCCAAGUGUACUACGUGCCCGCCACGGGCCAAAGCCCCAGGGGAUGGGCGUUCAUCACGUAUAAGCAGAGGUCGGAAGCUUAUAAAGCUAUAGAGGCUCUGGAUUAUAAGUGCAUAUUUCCUAACAGCCAGCGACCACUAGAUGUGAGGUUCGCAAGCUACAAGUAUAAUGCCACCACCGAAACUCAAGCAGCGCCAAAUAAAAACGUUUGGCAGAAGCACGUAACGUCUGAUGGGCACCCAUAUUACUACAAUUCGGUGACUGGCCAUUCCCAGUGGGAGAAACCCAAGGAGGCAGUCACUACACCCGCCCCAACCAUUCAGGGGAAGACUAACACGGUUGCGUCGUUCGGUCCCCCGGGCGCCAAUGUGUUCGUUUUCCACUUGCCUUCUCAUUGGACGGAUAUGGAGCUGUACCAGCACUUCCAACACUUUGGGUACGUAGUGAGCGCGCGAAUUCAGAGGGACUCGAAUGGAAGAAACAAAGGCUACGGGUUCGUCAGUUUUAACAACCCAGAGUCUGCUUUGAAUGCCAUCAAGGGAAUGCACGGGUUCUACGUGUCUGGGAAGCACCUGAAGGUGCAGCUAAAGAAGGGAGAGGAGCACUACGUACAGUUAAAUGCCCCUGCGCAGCCUCAACUGGCUCCCACUCAACCCUACACAGUGCAGCAGCCCAUCAUGGGGACCCCCCACCAGCCCUACAUGACCCACGUGAUUUACGGCAGCAUGGACUCGACCAACCAGAUGCGCUACAACAACACGUAUUCGUUGAGCAGAUAG